AUGUACGCUACUUCAGAUGACUCCCAUAGGCAAGAUAGACUACAUCAGGCCCGGCUAAAGCAUAUUAAGAUCGAACACGAUUUGUAUCGGGCCAUUUUGUCCGAUGAUAUCAAACUCAUAUUUCCAGAUCGUUCUCCUAAUUUCAUCGAUCCAAAAAAUCAUUUACAAAACGAUUUGGAUAAUGCAGCUAUUUGGGGCCAGUUCGUUGAUGUCCAGAUAGAUGAUUGCUCUUUGAUCCAUGAAUUUUACUUGGAGAAUCGAUCAGAUUUAUCCUUGCCUCAUAAAGAUGUUGUCAUCAUUCAUGGGUACAUGGCAGCCCUGGGAUACUUUGUCAAGAAUUUUGAAGAAUUAAUCAAGUCUUAUCCCAACCUAUCGAUUCACAUUCUUGAUUUACCUGGUUUUGGGAACUCGUCACGUCCUCCAUUUCCUAAAAAACUUUUGAAGUCACCUUCACCUCCCUCAAUUGAAAAUCAGAUAUAUCAAAUUUUAGAAAUUGAAAAUUGGUUCAUAGAUAAACUUGAAAUUUGGAGAAAGUUUUGGAACUUACGUCAUUUCAAAUUGAUUGGUCAUUCAAUGGGCGGCUACCUUUCUUGUUGCUAUAUCAUGAAAUAUAAUGAUCAAUACUUAAAUGUUGAUAAUGGUGGACGUAUAGUACAAGAGUUUAUGAAUGUAAGUCCAAUGGGUACCGAAUCAAGCUAUGUGAGUUUAAUCAAUGACAAAAAAUAUCAAUUCAACCAUCACGAGUCGGGUGGUGAUCCGUUUAAGGAACUUUUUAUGAAACAACCAAUCCAUGACGAAAACACUUCUGAAACCACCCGCUCAUUGGAUAAGUCAAAUCCAUUAGGCAAAAAUGAAACCAUUGUUAAUGAUCCAGAAUUGAUUUCAUUAUGGGAAAAACUAGGACGCCCAAGAUUUCCUAAAAAUUUGAUCUUGCAAAAAUUAUGGCAGUGGAACAAGUCUCCUUUUCAAUUGCUCCAAUUAUUUGGACCUCUUUACUCUAAAUUGUUGUCCUAUUGGUCUUUUCAGAGAUUUAGAAAUUUGAAAGCUAAUGAUGACAACGAAGAUGAGGAUGUUGAAAACAAGGAUGAACCACUGUCAAACGUUGACCUAAUUUUGAAACUUCACGAUUAUUCAUUUUCAAUUUUUAAUCAAUUUCAAGGUUCAGGUGAAUUGGCAAUUACUAAACUAAUCAAUCAUGAAAUAUUGGCUCGCUUACCACUUUGUGAUCGUGGAUUUAUCGAAUAUAUUGAUAAAGCUAAUAUAAGGACAUUAUGGAUGUAUGGGGAUAAAGACUGGAUGAACUUCCAAGGUGGUAAAUAUUGCGUUGAUAAACUAUUGGGUUUAGGCAAUAAAGUCACCGAUUUUAAAAUUAUUCAAGAUGCUGGACAUCAUAUUUACUUAGACAACCCAAAGUCUUUUAAUCAAUCCUGUAUUGAUUUUUUCAAUCUUAAAAGUUAUUAA